UUUAUGUAAUAUUAACCACUACUAAAUAUGUAAAAUUUCAUCUACAGAAAGAAAUAUAAAGCAUAUGGUUGACGUUUUGCCAUUAGCAAUUGUAACAUUAGUCUGAUGUAUAGUAAUCUAUUCAUAAUAUUUAUGCCUCUGGCUGUCAUGAAAAUGUUUUUCUUGUGCAAGCAGUCGUUAUGACUUGGAGUCCAAUAACUUGGAAUUUCUGAGAAACUAGAUGAGAGAAGCAUUUGAAUAUCAAAGUGGUAACUUUACUACAUGUUAAUGUAUGUCAUAUAAACAUAAGAAUUUAUUGGAAAUUGGAGCUUUUAACCAUUCUUCAGCAGCAACAUACAUCUGCUAAACUAACAAAUAAGAAUAACUAUAAUUCUUUCAGACAUAGCAUCUGGUAUGAAAUUCUACCAAAACAGUUAAAUAAAAACUUCUAAAUAUAAUAAAAUUGAAAAUUGUAUUUUAAAUUGGGCUAUUCAUAGUUCUUUUGACUUUAUCUUUUUAAAUAUGUUUUUCAUGAUAUGUAGUAAUUCCCACAGAUUUGUAGUUAAGUUUGCAAAGCCUGUAGUAGAUCACUUAAUUAAAAUGCUUUAUGUCCCCAAGUCCUCAUGCUUCUACACAAUAGUAGAAGACGGUGGAUUUUCCAUCGCCUUACAGUAGAUAAUCUGUUGGGCUAAGAGCAGGUAGCUGUCAGAUCAGGUUAAGUUAAAAUCUACACAGCCAGUAAGUUAAUUGUAAAAUUAAACCUUCACCAGAAUGAGUAGUUAAUGUCUUCUCCCAAAAGUAGCAAUGAUCUUCUCUGGGUACUAUUAGCCCAUGUGAGCGACCAGCUUUUUCAUUAUCAUAAAAUUGCACAAAAUUGAGUGCUGCCUGGAUGUCAACAUUUUUUUUUUUCAGUCUGAAGUUAUGUAUAACUUUGGAUUUGAUAGUUGUCCAGUAUGAGCUUGUAUACUUCUAAGAACUACGUAUAUCCUAUUUAAAGCAGUUCAUUUUGAAAUAAAAUACUCCAUAAAAUGCAGAACAUGUUUUUUUUUAGUUAGGUAUGCAAUGUAUACCAAUUUCUUAGUUCUGUUUAUUCAGUUAAUUGCCAGAGGGCUAAUGAGUUUAUACUAGUCCGCAACAGUUGUAAAAAAAAACUCCUUGGGGACAAAAGCAGUCCCGCCCCAUCACUAUAAAUUGAUGAUUCCACUAUACUAUACAGUGUACAUUACAAAACCUAAUCCACACAUUGGAACGCUUCUGUUUGUACAUACUAACUUUUUGCAGUCAUGAGUUUUGUGAGAUCAGUUGUUUCUGAAAGCAGCUGGUUCUGUUCUAACACCUGCUUCCACUCGGGACACCAGCAAGUCUCCAAUCCUAUAAUUCCCUAUGUUGGACCAAUAAUAUCUGGUGGAUUAAAACCAGGAAUGGCUCUCUAUGUCCAAGGGGCUGUUCCUGAUAAUGCCAACCAGUUUUCAAUACAUUUCCAAACAGGCCAGAAUAAAUAUGAUGACAUCGCUUUUCACUUCAAUCCCUGGAUCGGUCAAUAUGUAUAUUUGAACAGCUUCCAAAAUGGAAACUGGGAGGUGAAGGAAUGUGUUCCUGAUGAGUCCUUCACCAGUGGAGCAGCCUUCAAUAUGUUCAUUGUCAUCAAGACAGAUGGUUAUGAGGUUUAUGUGAAUGGUUUAAGACACUACAUGUUCCAGCACCGUAUUCCUUUAGAGAAAGUUACUACACUUGCCAUUUGCGGAGAUGUUAGUAUUGAAUUUUUUGGCUUGUGUGAAAACUGGAGAAGAUCAUGCUUCACAGAGCAAGCUCUUACAAGCACAGGGAGCUCAUUGUUGAACAUGUUACCAAUGCCAUCAGAGGUGUCACAUCAAGUCAUUCAGCCUGUACUUCCCCAUGUGGGUAAAAUCAGGGACAGGUUAAAACCAGAGAUGGCUAUAUUUUUCCAAGGAGCUCUUCCUGCACAUUCCAAAGAGUUUGAAAUAAAUUUCCAAACAGGGCAGUCUGAUAGUGAUGACAUCGCUUUUCACUUCAACCCCCGCAUUGGGCAAUAUGUCUACCUGAACAGCUUCAGAAAUGGAAGUUGGGAGCAGGAGGAAUGUGCCUCUGAUGAGCUCUUUACUAAGGGAGCAGCCUUCUAUAUGUUUGUUGUCAUCAGUUCAGAAGGCUAUGAGGUUUAUGUGAAUGGCUUGCAACACUGUAUAUUCAACCAUCGCAUUCCUCUAGAGAAUGUUUCUGCAAUUAGCAUUUAUGGAGAUGUUACCAUCCCCAUCUAUGGUUUCAUUGAUAACUGGAGCAAAUCCUUUACCUUUACAGACCUUUUAAAAAUCACAGGCAUGGGAAGCUCGAGCCUGUCACCCAUCCUGUCAGAGGUUUCACAUCCAGUCAUCCAUCCUGCACUUCCCUAUGUGGGUACAAUCAGAGGAGGGAUAAGACCAGAUAUGGCUGUAUUCUUUCAAGGCACUCUUCCUGCACAUGCCAGAAGGUUUGCAAUAAAUUUCCAAACGGGGCAGACUGAUAGUGAUGACAUCGCUUUCCACUUCAACCCCCGCAUUGGUCAAUAUGUCUACCUGAAUAGCUUCAGAAAUGCAUGCUGGGAGAAGGAGGAAACUGCACCUGAUAAAGCCUUUACCAAGGGAGCAGCUUUCAAUAUGUUUGUCAUCAUCAAUUCUGAAGGCUAUGAGGUCUAUGUGAAUGGGGUGCGACUUUGUAUAUUUAAGCACCGCAUUCCUUGGGAGAACAUUUCUACACUUGCCAUUUUUGGAGAUGUUUCAGUCGCCAUCUAUGGUUUCAUUGAUUUCCAUCAGAACUGGAGUAAAUCACCUGUAUGUAUGGACCAAGCAAAUGUCACAGGGCAUAGGAGCCCAUUCUCAAAACAAUUAUCCGUUCUGUCUGAGGUUUCACAUCCAGUCAUCCAGCCUGCAUUACCCUACAUGGGUAUCAUUAAAGAAGAGAUAAGACCAGAUGUGGCUGUUGUGUUCCACGGGGCAGUUUCUGAACAUGGCAAAAGCUUUGAGAUAAAUCUUCUGACGGGUGACUCUUAUUAUGAUGACAUUGCUUUUCACAUCAGUCCUCAAAUUGGUAAAUCUGUGGCCCUAAACAGCUUCAUAAAUGGCAAAUGGGAGACUGAGGAAUAUGCCUCUGACAAUCCCUUCACCAAAGGAGCAUCCUUUCAUUUGUUUCUUGUGAUCAACUCAGAAGGCUAUGAGGUCUAUGUGAACAGCUCGCAACACUGUACAUUCAAACACCGAAUUCCUUUGGAGAAAGUUUCUAUGCUUGGCAUUCGUGGAGAUGUUACCAUUAAUUACUUUGGUUUUGUUGAAAAUUGGAGCACAUCGUCCAUGGCUGGGAAAAUUAAUGAAUUUCCAGACAAGUUGAGCAUUUCUGAGAGCCUGAUGCACAUUCCAUUAGAAAUUUCACAUCCAGUCAUCAACCCUGAACUUCCAUAUGUAGGUUCAAUCCCAGAAGGUUUAAGGACAGAUAUGGCUGUAUUCUUUCAAGGGGCUUUUCCUGCAGAUGCCAAAGAGUUUGCAAUAAAUUUCCAGACGGGUGAGUCUGAUGGUGAUGACAUCGCUUUCCACAUCAACCCCCAGAUUGGUGAUGUAGUGGCCCUAAACAGCUUUAGAAAUGGUAGUUGGGAGACUGAGGAACAUGCCUCUGUCACAGCCUUUGCCAAGGAAGAAGCUUUGAAUAUGUUCAUUGUCAUCAACUCAGAGGGAUAUGAGAUCUAUGUGAAUGGAUUGCAACACUGUACAUUCAAGCAUCGCAUUCCUUUAGAGAACGUUUCUACACUUGGUAUUUUUGGAGAUGUGAUCAUCAAUUACUUUGGUUUUGUUGAAAAGUGGAGUGACUCCUCCAUGGUUGUGAAAAUGAAUGAAAUCCAAGACAUGCCGAUGACUUCCGGGAGCCUGACAGACAUCCCAUCAGAGAUUUCACAUCCUAUAACCAACCCUGCAGUCCCAUACGUAGGUGUAAUCCCAGAAGGAUUAAAGACAGAUAUGCCUGUAUUCUUCCAAGUGGCUCUUCCUGAAGAUGCCAAUGAUGCAGUGAACUUCAAAAGCAUUCACCAAGGAAGUGAAAACUGGAGCGAAUCGCCCAUGGUUACGAAAAUGAAUGAAAUCCAAGACAUGUCACUAACUAACGGGAGCCUGAUAGACGUCCCAUCAGAGAUUUCACAUCCAAUCAGCAGCCCUGAACUUCCAUAUGUAGGUUCAAUCCCAGGAGGAUUAAAGACAGAUAUGGCUGUAAUCUUUCAAGGGGCUCUUCCAGCAGAUGCCAAAGAGUUUACAAUAAAUUUCCAGACGGGUGAGUCUGAUGGUGAUGACAUCGCUUUCCACAUCAACCCCCAAAUUGGUGAUUUAAUGGUCCUAAACAGCUUUAGAAAUGGUAGUUGGGAGACUGAGGAACAUGCCUCUGUCACAGCCUUUGCCAAGGAAGCAGCCUUGAAUAUGUUCAUUGUCAUCAACUCAGAGGGAUAUGAGAUCUAUGUGGACGGCUUGCAACACUGUACAUUCAAGCAUCGCAUUCCUUUAGAGAACGUUUCUACACUUGGUAUUUUUGGAGAUGUGAUCAUCAACUACUUUGGUUUUAUUGAUAACUGGAGCAGAUCUUCCUUGGCAGUGGAAAAUAAGGAAAUCACUGAAAUAACAAGCACUUCUCUGACACUUCUACCCAUCACAUCAGACAAGCUUGCACUUCCAUUUGUGGGCACCAUCCCGGGCGGGAUAAGAGCAGAUAUGGCUGUAAUGUUUUAUGGGACAGUUCUUGUAGAUUCAAAUGAGUUCGAAAUAAAUUUCCAAACAUGCCAGUCCUCUGAUGAUAUCGCUUUUAACAUCAAUCCCAAAAUUGUCCGUGUUCUUGUGCAAAGCAGCCUCAGAAAUGGCAGUUUGGAGAGUGAAGAUUUUGCUUCAGACAAAGAAGCAGCCUUCAAUAUGUUUGUUGUCAUCAAAUUAGAGGGUUAUGAGGUCUAUGUGAAUGGCCUGCAAUAUUGUGUGUUCACGCAUCGCAUUCCUUUAGAGACCAUUUCUUCACUUGGCAUUCGUGGAGAUGUUUUCAUCAAUUUCAUUGGUUUUAUUGAUAACUGGAGUAGCUCUUCCAUUAAAAUCACAGGCAUGGAAAGAUCAUGCUGGAGACCGAUACCAAUCCCAUCAGAGAUUUCACAUCCAGUCAGCAACCCUGCCCUUCCUUAUGUAGGAGCAAUCCCAGGAAAGGCAAGACCAGACAUGGCUGUCUUGUUCCAAGGGGCUAUUCCUGCAGAUGCCAAUGAGUUCACAAUAAAUUUCAAAAUGGGUGGGUCUGAUGGUGAGGACAUCGCUUUUCACAUUAACCCCCAACUUGGUCAUCAUGUGACAUUAAACAGCUUCAGAAAUGGGAUCUGGGAGACUGAAGAAUCUGCCUCUGACAAACCCUUCACCAAGGGAGCAGCCUUUAAUAUGUUUGUUGUCAUUAAAUCAGAGGGCUAUGAGGUCUAUGUGAAUGGCUUGGAACUUUGCACAUUCAAACACCGCAUUCCUUUAGAGAACGUUUCUACGCUUGGCAUUUGUGGAGAUGUUUCCAUCAAUUUCAUUGGAUUUAUUGAGACCUGGAGCAAAUUUUCCUUCAUCAUAGAAAAUAAUGAAAUCACAGGCAUGCAGAGCUCAUCCUGGAGAUGCUCAUCCCAUCAGACGAUCAGCACAUCGUCUGAAGAUUUUUAAUUAAAAAAUUAUAAUGGAAGUACAACUCUUCAUAACUGUGCUGGUUUUUGUUUUGUAGCUGUCCUUUUGCAUCAUUGUAUGGACUAGCAUUUAAUUCUGCUUAUAUUUUUAAUUCCACCUUAAAGUUUUAUUUAGAAUCAGAAUUGUUGGGUUUUGCAUAUAACCAUUAAAUUAAUCAAAUUAAUAAAGAUAACAUGUACCUGCACUGCCUAAUGUUUCUUCCAUUGAUGACUAAAUAAGUCCACAUAAAUUAGCAAAGGUUAAAUUACAGUACCAAAUGUUGAGAACUAAUUUAACUUUUCUCCAUAUAUAUAAACUUUCUAUUCAGCCUCACUUCUGACUUUUGCCAGUUCACUGCAAAUAUGUUGAUUAAGGUAUUAAUGAAUAGGAUGAACAUUGUUUUAUGCAAGUGUUGAUUUGGUUAUCUUUGGAUAAUACUGUUCAUGAUUGGCUGAUGUUAAGCAACACAUUAAGUACUGUCAGUUAAAGGCAUGUUAAUACAAAUUGUUACUUAAUUAUAAUUUAGUCUAGAGACUGUGGUUCACAUUUAAUUAAGCAGAGUAUUUAGACAACUAUUGUUAAAAUGUUAAUAAACUUCACACUUUAACUGUUAUAGCCCCAGGAUUGAGAGCGAUCUCUCUUGACAUAUUCUUACCCAUACAAUUAUGAACUUAUCUGUAUAAACAAUAAUGUAGAAGUGCCAAUUUUUGACUAGAAACUUAAAAUAUAAAACAUAAGCUAAUGCCACGGCAAUUGGGGAGGUGGGAAAUGAAGGGAUUUUCUUGCAUCUGGUUUUGAUAUCAAACUCUGUUCACCUUCACCCCAGGUGUUCAUUUUUUAUUGCUGGUCGGGAUAUGUUUUGUACUUGAUACAUCAGAAUGAACUUAAUAAUUGCAUUUCCUCUGCCUGAUAGUGCAUGGUGCAAUUUAGUAAAGCCUAGUGCACAAUACAUGAUUCCCCUGAUUUGUCAGUCACCAACAGUCCCAGUUGACUGUGUACACACUUGGAAAAUGACAUGUAUGGCCUAAGGUUAUGUAAUAUUAGUGAUUGAUAUAUAUAGUAUGCAAAACAUUAUAUACAAAAGAGAUGUAAGUGCCAUAUAAUAUGCAAAAC